AUGGCUGGUGUCGUUUAUUUGAUAGCACAAGGACGAGGACAGAACGUUAACGGUCAGUGGCUUCAUAGUUUUAUCCAAAGCAACGGCAGAGGAAUUAAAUACAUUGGUUACGGAGUUCUUGCAGCUGUUUCCAUCUACAUUUUAAUACCAAGUGUAAGCAGUUUAAUAACUGGUAAAGAUAUGUUUCAUUCAAAAAGAAGUGACAGAACUACGACAGGGUUAAUCAACAAUAGAAAUGAUUGUUUUGCCAACUCUUCAGUGCAGGCAUUAUCUGCAUUGCCCAGAUUGACCAGAUAUCUAAACGAUAUUUUGAGCCAAGCUUCUCAAAUGGUCUACGACUUGGAAAAAGAUCAUGAUGCCCCCAAGGAGUUUCAUAAGGCACCAGAACCCUCUCCAGCACCUUCAGCACCUCCUGCUAUAAACAAAUCUCCAGAGGAACUGGAGCAGCAACAUCAAGAACAUAGUCAUCAUUCUAAUCACCUAACUGUACCUCAUGAUCAACUGGGAGCAGCAACUCCAAAAAUUGAGUUGGACCAAAACCCUUUGGAUAUGCAUGUCAAUAGUAUGGUCGAUGUGUCCGCAGAUAGACCAGGCUUACCAGCAUUGAAAUCUACUACCACUAUCAAUACGAUUACAACUUUGAAGGAUGAAGAAGAUGGUGGUGAUGAGACUCCAGAAAUGUCCGUAAACCAAGAAGCUGACGGUGGCGAGGAUAGUGGUGAUACUCCUGUUGACGGAUCGAAUCUGCCCAAAUUACCACUGCAUAGGUCUUUGGCAAGUAUGUUGGAACAAUUGCAACGUACAGUCACCUCUCCAAGACAUCUGUCCAUCUGGCCUCUUUUACACUCUUUGGAAGUCAUCUUCAAUGCGAGAAUCUCAAGUGGUCAAAAUGAUGCUCAUGAAUUGACCCAAGUUAUCUUGGAGACGUUGCAAAAGGAAAAUAAUAAAAUUCGUGAAUUCGCUAAAAAUCAAAAAUUGCCUGUUGAUAUUCCUGAGAUUCCAUUUAGGGGUAAGGUUGCUGAUCAUUUGGUUUGUACCGCAUGUCGUAAUUCGAGCAAGGUCAGAGUUACUCAAUUUAACAUGCUACCACUAGCUGUACCUCAGGCAAUUACUGCUAAACUAGCCGAGAUGGUCUCUGAUAACCAAGUGGAAUCUAUCGAAGGUUAUUCAUGUCUAACUUGUAAAGUGGGGAAAAUCUUGGAAAAUGAAAAGGGUCGUGAUACUUCUAGCUAUGAAACUACUGAACAGAACACUUUAGCAUCUUUGGCAAGAGCUUUCCCCAAUUUAACUAUUAAUGAUGAUGUUUCAGAGGAAUUGAUGAAUUAUAUUAAUGGAUACAACAGAGAUGGGUUAGUUACUUCACAACUUAAGUCUACAAUUGUUAAAAAAAAUGUGGUUGUAGAUGCACCACAGGUACUCCUCAUUCACUUGUCCAGAUCGAUGUUUAAUGGUACCAAUUAUACUAGGAAUCCAUGUGCAGUAAAUUUUGAUGAAAUUCUACAAUUGCAAGAACAAGUAAUUCAAAAUGAUAGAUGUGUGGGGAUCAACAGUGUAAAUUACGAAUUGAAAGCUAUCGUUAAACAUGCAGGUUCUCAUUCUCAAGGUCAUUACCAAUGUUAUAGGCACAAACCUGAUUUUGUCAAAGACAUCGAUACUCAUGCCGUUAUCAAUAGAACACCUGUUAUUGAUGCUAAUUUGAUUAAUAUUCAUGAUCCACAGGACAGUAAAGAAGUGGCAGCUACUGAAAUGAUGGAACCACCACCAACCAAGCAGACUGGUGAUUCUCCAUCCAAUCUAAGUAGCAGUUCUUUGGGCGGUUCAACAGAUUUACCUAAUUCGAACGAUCCUAAUGAUUCGGAUGAUUAUGUCUUGGAUAAUGAUGAUUCUUCAAAGAUGUCAAGAAAACCUUCCACAUUCAGAAAGAUCACCAAUUUCCUAUCGAGAAGAUCCUCUGUUAGCAAUUCUAGUUUAGAUACUCCUGAUGCUCCAGAAUCUGAUAAUGUGGGUCGUGGUAGAAGAUCAACCACAUCUAGAAAUACCGAUGAUCAUAGUAGACCUACAAGCACAGUGAGAAGUUCCACUGGUAACAGAGAAAGUAGUGUUGCUUCUAGACAAGGCGGUACACAGCCUAUUAGAUCUCGUAGCAGAGCCAAUAGUACUUCCUCUCAGCAGAGCUCUCGCAGCAGGGCAGACAGUAUUUCAUCUGACAGAUCUUUAUCCGAUCUAUCAGCGGUCACUUCAUCUGAAAGCAACAACUAUGGGACAACAACUAGCGCCAGUGAUACUGAUAGUACCUCUGGUGCUGAUCCAAUGACUCGUAAGAGACACUUGAAAAAGAUUAAGAGCGUUCUAAAGUACCCAUAUUGGUCCAUUUCAGAUACUGUAGUCCAUGAGGCCAAACCAGAGGAAGUCCUCAACGAAACCAAGUACGUUUAUAUGUUAUUCUACGAACGUGUAAAUGCAUAA